UUUCGCUCAAACUAUUUUCAAAACAUCUUUUAUUUCAAUAAUUUCAUUUUAUUUGUAAGUAAACACAAAAUGCGAGGACAAUUUUGUUACAGAAUAUCAAUAAUCAUAGUGUAAUUUAAGCGAACAGUGCUUAAAAAAUCGAAAUGGAAAAAACGGUAAAGGAAAUUGAAGAUUUUGAAUUAAUUUUACGAAACAAACGUAAUAGAACACCAGUAUUAUACGGACACGAUUUUCGCGAUAGAGAACAGGCCAGCAAACCAAGGGACGUUAUAAAGAUUGUACAAUCACAGAUGAGAGCCAUUCAGAAAGCUGAUACGAAUAAUUUGACCAAAGUUGAUAAUACAACUAAUAAUUACUUUACGAAAAAGGAGUUUAUCCCUGUGGCUGAGUUACCAGAUUAUCCCAAGGAAUUACAAGAAGAAAAUAUUUACCGAUUUGAAACACAGUCUGUGUCUGAUUCUCAACUGAUUGCCUUAGUGCAGAAUGCGGAGCAUCUAGAUACGAAAGUUUCAACACCAGAAAAUAUAACUCUUCAUCACGUAAUUGCUGAGAUAGGUGACGGUAACACCACUAAAACAGCAGACAAUCACAGAGGAGCGCUAAGUAAGGAAGAAAAUAAUGAUAAGAGUUCACUCCUAAAUGAUUUAGAGGAGAGCGCUGAAUCAAUUGGUGUGAAUGAUGAGACAGACACUGUUGAAGUAAACGAUAACAUAUUCAAAAGUCAAAUAUUUGAAAUGGACAAAGUUGAAGUUUCCGAAACAUUAGUGGCAGAAGAAAGUCGAUCACCGAGUCCAGUGCUAAAUUUUAAAAACAAUAAAAUACUGCCAUUAGUGUUUGACCUGGAGAAGUUUGAAAGGUUUGAGAGAAUAGCCUUUCCCAUUGUCGAAGAAAACAAAGAUCUAACCAGAGUCAAACAUCUGAUUAACUCUCAAUUAUCUGAUGGAGAAUUGAAUAUAGAAAUUGAAGACAAUCAUAUGUACGUGUGUUUGGAUAAAAAAAGUCCGAUAUUAAAUAUCGAAGACAAAAUUGUUAUGCCGACGAAAGCAUUAAAUGAUCUAAGGCAAAAAACAAAUAGUUACAUACAAGAUGAAAUAUUAUUUAGUAGCGAUGAAGAAAGUGAUAGAAUGAUUCAAGAUUUACCUUUAACAUGCCCUUUUAAAACAUCUACCUAUGACAAAAAUGAUGUUAUAAACAAAAGUAUGUAUGUUGGAUUCCAAACAGCCAGUAAUAAUCCCAUACAAGUCUCCGAGGAGUCUUUUUGUAAAGCUAAAUCUAUAUUAAGCUUUGAAGACACAGACAAAUUGAAUUUCAAUGAAAUUGUUGAGGCCCGUGAUGGUACGACGAACACGAAUAAAGAUGAGGAUGAAUUAAAUAGGAAUUCCGAAAAUGUUGGCAUUCUAGAUAUUGAUAUGGCCAUAAAUAAUGAUGAUUCACUUAAGGUUUCCGGUAAAGCUGACAGCGAUUAUGUGCUGAAACCUAAGAAACGAAAGUACGACGGCUUUAUAACGGCUAGUAACAAAAAAAUUAAACUAUCUAAUAGUGCUUUACUGAGAUGCAAAAAAGUAUUCAAAGAUAUAGAUCUGAAUGAAGAAUUUGAUGAAAAUUCGAAUAAUGGAAAGGAUAAAUUGAGCAAUGUGUUUCAUAAUAACGAAAGUGAUUUCAAUGAUAAUGCCGACGAUAUAGUCAUUGAUAAAUCGAAUUAUCAAAUUAAAGCAACAGAGUUGAAUUUGGAUUGCAAUAAAUCGAAACAGAGUUUUAUGGAAGACUUGGAAUCUGAUUUGAAUGACGAAAAUAUUAUCAAAGAAUUCGAGAACGUAGAUAUGACAAUCGAAAUUAAUGAUAUUGGAUCGAAGUAUAACGAAAAAGAAAAUUGUCAUGUACAAGACUGUGUCAAUGGAAAAAAUGUUAAAAAUAAAACAAUGACAAAUCACCAAUCUAACAUAAUAAAUUCUUUAGGCAGUGAUUUUGUUGGCUUUAAAACUGCUAAUAACAGGAUAAUAGAAAUUUCAAAAGAAGCAUUACGUAAAACUAAUGAUGUGUUCAAAGACAUUGAUAUUGGUGAUAGCAUUACAACUAAUACAGAAUUUAUAAAAAACAAAACUAAAAACAUUGAAACAUCAAAUAUAUUUUUUAAAAACGAUCAGUUAAAUACAGAUUCUGCUGAGCCUCAAAAAUGUAUGACUAAUAAUACUGUUGGUAUUUCCACUGGGAAUCAGCCGUUGAGCAAUACUCGGUUUGUUGGCUUCAAAACGGCUAACGACAGAAAUAUUACAAUUAGCAGUCACUCACUAAUUAAAAGUAAGGAAAUAUUCAAAGAUAUACAAGAUUUAACGAAUGAACGCGAAGAGAAUACAAGCUUGGAUGUUUUCAAAGGAUUUAAAACGGCUAAUAAUAGAGUCGUGAAAGUAUCCGAAGAAUCAUUAGUGAAAACGAAAAAUAUAUUCAAAGAUAUAAAUAAUGAGAACGAACGCCAAAACAAUUUAGAUCCGGUGAAAAAAAUCCAUGAAAAUAGGCUUUCGAAGAAUUUCGAAGGUUUUAAAACAGCAAACAAUAAUGUUGUAAAAAUAUCAGAACGAGCCUUAUCCAGGACGAAAAAGAUUUUCGAGAAGAUUUUCAAUGCUAGCUCUGAUGAUAAUCUCAAUACUGGAAACGUAACACCCGAGCCGGAUUUUAAAAGGUCGCCUAAAAACGACAAGGUCAAUGUUGCGAACGCAUCUUUGGACAAAGCGAAAAUAUUAGUGAAAAACCCACGAAAUGCUAACAUCAUGGCCGAGGGAAGUACUAUAAAUCGUUGUAAAUCAGUCACUAAGGCCAAUUAUAGUGAGCAAAUCAAAGAAAACGUAAAGAAUAUUGACAGAGAUGUCCUAAGAAAUUCUUCAGUAUACCCAGACGAUUUGUUGUUUGCUGUACAAGAAGGUUUCAACGAAACACUGUACACGGAAGAUUUUACAAUAUCAGCAACAAGAUCAACAAGAUCUACAAGUCCUAUUUUGUUAUGUCCCAAAGCUAAACGACUCAAAUUCGAAGCUCCACACAAGAAUCUUAAACAUACACAAACUACAGAAAUUAUCGAACAAAAAAAACCACUUUUAAAUUUCAAAAAAGAUUAUAAAAAAACGAAAACAUACAAACUGAAAGAUUUGUGUGAUUUAGAAAAGAGAUAUGAAGAGAAAUCUGUUGCAAUUGAUUACGACAUGGAUAAUCUAAUGGAUUUCAUUUUUGAAAAACAUAGAAAUGAUGUUACGGAAACUGUAGUGAAUGUGGAACACGUCCAGAGAAUGUUUUUGAGUUCGGUUAAUGCGAAACUGAUACCAAAGGGCUGGUUGGAAAAUCACAUAAAAUUGAUAUUGUGGAAACUGUUGUCGUACGAAAUUAAAUUUCCUAACGUCAUGGCGAAUGUCUGUACUGUCGGCAAUGUCAUAGACCAAUUGAAAUAUAGAUACGACAAAGAGUUGUAUAACGCUGAAAGGCCGGCCUUGAGGAAGAUCUUGGAGAAAGACGAUGUCCCUUCUAAGACUUUGGUACUGUGUGUCGCCGGGAUUUUUGUUGACGGAGUUGAAGUGAAAAGUGUCCCAAAAACGAACAACAUAGAACUGUUAGUGAGUGACGGUUGGUAUUCGGUGAAGGCCACCACUGACGGGCUCCUGGCCCGGAUGGUGCGGAGCGGUAAAAUCGUGGUCGGAACCAAAGUGAUGACCUGUGGGGCUGAGCUGUUGAACUGCGAGGGGGUGUCGCCUUGGGAGGACGUAUCUUCAGUACGUCUAAAGCUGUCCGGGAACUCGACCAGUCGCUGUCCCUGGUACGCGCGGCUGGGGCAUCACCGCGUUCGCCCGUCCCGCGCUCUGCGGCAGGUGGACGCGCAGGGCGGGCGGGUGGCGCGCCUCCGGGUCCACGUGGCCAGGGUCUACCCGCCGCUGUACGUCGAGAAACUGGGAGACGGCACCACCGUGACCCGCUCGGAACGCCUGGAGCAGCUGCAGCAGACGCGGCUCGAGGCGGCGCGCCAGGCGCUGGCCGAGGAGCUGCAGCGAGACGUGGAGCGCGCGUGCUGCGAGCAGGAGUCGCAAGAUGUGGAUUCUCAGGAGAUGUCCUGCAGGAGAGAUUCAGAUAGCGGCUCCCAGCUGUAUCGACAAAUGAAGAGAAGUACAGACCCCGGCGAGUUCCGUAGCGACCUCACGGCGUCUCAAAACCACAUUCUGCAGCAACACCUGGAUUCGCGUCGGGAUGCAGUCGUCGCCAGGUUGCAGAGCGAGUUCCGUGCGAGGGCGGAGGGCACCUUGGCGCGGAGGAAUGUGGCAGUCGUACUGCGGGUCAGGGUCCUCGAUCCAGGACCGGACUGCGCUACCAGAGGCACGCUGUCGGUGUGGAACCCCACGGAGGAGGUCCUGGAGCUGCUGCAGGAGGGGAACUCGAUAGAAGUGACGAACGUCACGCCAACAGCUGUCAGAUAUUCCGAAAUCCAGCUCUCGGCCGGCAGGCAGUCUGCGUUCACGGCGUGUCGUCUGAAGGAGUCCACCGCGGCUCAGUUCCGGAGGAGGGCGUGCGCCCUGGACGAGCUGGUGCGGAGCCCGGCCGCGCAGACCCCGUACGGCGAGGUGGACACGGCCGGGCUCAUAGUGCGAGUCGAACCUAAGACAACGGUUCUCAACAACACGGUGCACUUCCAAAACGUUUACUUGUCGGAUUUCGAAAGGAACAUUGUCAGUAUCAACUUCUGGGGCGGCCUCGAAAAGUUCGGCUACGAUAACCUCCUGGACACGGGACAGGUCGUGGCCUGCGUCAACGUGCAGAGGCGCGCGGGCAGCACCGCCCGAAGCAUCCCCCAGUACAGGGCCACGGAGAUCAGUUAUUUCACGAAAUCUCCCAAGAUAGCGGACCUCAAAAAGUUAGUGGUAGAAUUGAAUGAAAAAUUUAAAUCUUGCAACAUUCAACGUUUUUGCGAGGAUUGCGUAGACGUUAUAGAGAAUAAAAAAAGGAAAAGUACUCGCAAUGAAAAUGUUACUCCAUACAAGACUAGUGAUGUAAAUUUAACAAAGACAACGUCUGUUUCGACACCAUUAACAGUAAAUAAAAAUGACUUCAAAAAUUUAACAAAUGAGUCGGACCGUGAGUCGCCAUCGCCCAAAACGUUGUUGCGUAGGCAGCAGAUCAAAGCGAAAAUUGAAAAAUUAAAAAGAUACGGCGAACCUCCACCCCUGAACCCUAUAACGAUAGUGAACAAAACUACAAACGCAAUGGCGGCGUACAGAAGUCCGGUCAAUGUAGCCGGAUCGAAAAAAAAUAUUGAUUGUAGUAGUUUUAGUGAUACUUCAUCAGUCAGCAAGGCUAAUGACAAAACUGUUGUUCCUGUUAAACUGAAUUUUGAUGUAAGCACGGAAGAGGGUAAUCCGUUUGCAGAAGAGCUCGAUCCCAGCUUACCGUUGAGUCUAGAAUAGUUUAAGGGUAUUUUAUUUGAAGUUAAAACUUGGUGUAAUGACUUUAAAAAAGAACCAACCUUCCCCCUUCGGAACGCGAUACACCGCCAAUCUGUUUCUCUUCUAUGGACUGCUAUAAUGCAGCACGCUACAGCGCAGGUAGCGCGCCGAGUGGUUUGCUCCUCUCAGGUCGUCCCGUAACCUCACCGGGGGGAGGUCGCCUCCUACAGGGGUCGGAGUCUGUCAAAAGUCCCUGGCUCGGCGGCGACGGAUAGGUGCGGAGAGGGACUCGUGGCUCGUGGCUACGAUGCUUGGCAGCGACAAGUCCGGUCGUAUUUGCGAUACGGGGACACUGCGCCGCCCCGACCACGCGGGGCAAUGUGCCAGCGUAUGCUCGACCGUGUCCUCGUCGCAGUCACAAUGGUGAAACUCCAUCGUUGGUUCUGGAACAUUUAUGUCUGAAUCAAUGUAUAUCCGUUGAGGAACUGUUGGGUGUACUGGUCAGGAGUAAGGUUUCGCUCCACCAAGUACUGCUAGGAAGGAAUCCCCAAGAACCAUUACUUGAUUGUCCCCUUGACCAAGCAGGGAGGCUGUGGUGUCGCACUGGCGGCGAGAAGAAUUAUGAGGAUGGCAGUCAGUGUCCACCCCUUUUGUCGCAACCUCUCCAGCCAUGCCUCUGGUCCGACAAAACAACGGGGGCACUCCACAGUAUUUCCGUUUGGAUUCUGAUUAGGGGGGGCAUACCGGUCUUGGAAAAGAAGUGUUGAUAGCAAGGGAACUCUAUGAAAAAAAAAACUAGCUAUAGCUGUUGUAUUAUCAACUUCUUAGUCUAACAAAUAAAUGUUUUCCGAACACCCUGUAUGUGAGUGACGUCGGCAGUGCCUUUGUGAACUUAUAUUGUGAUAUUAAAAAGAAAAACUGUAAAUAAUAUAAUGUACAUAAUAAUACAUACAUUUUUUACUGUUAA